AUGACCCUGGGCAGCUGCUGCUGCGAGAUCAUGUCCUCCGAGAGCUCCCCGGCCGCGCUGUCCGAGGCCGACGCAGACAUAGACGUGGUGGGCGGCGGCGGCGGCAGCGGUGGGGGGGAGCUCCCUGCCCGCUCCGGGCCCCGCGCCCCCCGGGACGUGCUCCCCCACGGCCCUGAGCCUCCUCCGGAGGAAACCGAGGCGGACGCAGCCGAGGACGAGGAGGAGUCCGGCGGCUGCCUGGUGAAGCCGCCCUACUCGUACAUCGCGCUCAUCACCAUGGCCAUCCUGCAGAGCCCCAAGAAGCGCCUGACGCUGAGCGAGAUCUGCGAGUUCAUCAGCGGCCGCUUCCCCUACUAUCGGGAGAAGUUCCCUGCUUGGCAGAACAGCAUCCGCCACAACCUCUCGCUCAACGACUGCUUCGUCAAGAUUCCCCGCGAGCCGGGCAACCCGGGCAAGGGCAACUACUGGACGCUGGACCCGGAGUCGGCCGACAUGUUCGACAACGGCAGCUUCCUGCGGCGCCGCAAGCGCUUCAAGCGGCAGCCGCUACCGCCGCCGCAUCCACACACGCACCCUCAUCCGGAGCUGCUGUUGCGUGGCGGGGCUGCGGCGGCGGGGGACCCCGGCGCCUUCCUGCCGGGCUUCGCCGCUUAUGGCGCCUACGGUUACGGCUACGGCUUGGCGCUCCCGGCCUACGGCGCACCCCCACCGGGCCCGGCUCCGCACCCGCAUCCACACCCGCACGCCUUCGCUUUCGCCGCCGCCGCCGCGCCUUGCCAGCUGUCGGUACCCCCAGGCCGCGCCGCUGCUCCUCCACCCGGACCUCCGACGGCCUCGGUGUUCGCGGGCGCAGCCUCGGCUCCGGCCCCUGCGCCUGCCCCGGGCACAGGGUCGGGCCCCGGCCCCGCAGGCCUGCCCGCCUUCCUGGGCGCCGAGCUGGGCUGCGCCAAAGCCUUCUACCCGGCGUCGCUGAGCCCUCCCGCAGCCGGCACCGCGGCUGGUCUGUCUACCGCACUCCUGCGCCAGGGCCUCAAGACGGACGCGGGCGGUGGUGCGGGCGCCGGGGGCACCGGGGCCGGGCAGAGGCCUUCCUUCUCUAUAGACCACAUCAUGGGCCACGGUGGCGGCGGGGCAGCACCCCCGGGCGGAGGCGAGGGCUCCCCGGGAUCGCCUUUCGCGGCGGCGGCGGGUCCUGGGGGUCAAGCCCAGGUCUUGGCCAUGCUGACUGCCCCAGCCCUGGCUCCAGUGGCCGGCCACAUCCGCCUCUCGCACCCCGGGGACGCGCUCCUGUCCUCAGGGCCCCCGUUUGCCAGCAAAGUCGCCGGCCUCAGUGGCUGCCACUUCUGACCACGUCGAGCUCAGGGCCGGUAAGGCCCGCACUCAGCCUCUCCCGGGAGCUCCUGCGGUCCCAGCGGAACUCAGGGAGUCUAUUUAUGAAGAGUCUCCAGACCUUGGGCCGGCGCUCGUGACUUGGCACUUCAGGCUCCACGCUCAGAAUUUUGCCGAUAGUUGGGACGAAGCGGGCUCCAUCGCUCAGGGAGAGGCCCAGGUCUAUGCGAUGAAGUCGCAAGCCAUGAUCCCACUCCAAAAUGAGCAGUAAAAGGGGCGGGGGGGAACCUUCACUUUUUCCCAGCCUCUGCGCCUCUCAGAGGCCCGGGAGGAAUGCUUUCCCGGAGAGAUGUCUGCCCAGGCCCUGCAGAUUCCGCCAGAAACACCCAACUGCGCAGAGAGGUCUCCCUUUCUGCCUCUCCCUCACUCCUUCCCCAACUUUGAGGCACUGCUUGCCCAAUAUUAUAAUUUAAAGAUACCUAUUAUCCGCUUUGUGCUUAAAAGAAAUUUUCAACUUUUUUUUCUUGCUGUUCUCCAAGGAAGUUAGUUUUCUCUGAAGCCUAAAGCAGUGUCUACACAAGCGAAGUUGAACGGAGAGGUUGAGCGAGGGGUCUCCACAAUCCCUGCAGAAACCCCGGAUCCCACCACACUGAGGAACAUCCUCCCUCUUUAGUGUUGGGGUGCUUUUGAAGGAACUUUUCCCCUUUCCCAUGGCCGGCUGGGUCCAGCCAUCCAGGGCCAGCGGCCCUCUCAGUGCUCUGCUCUGUCCCAGGCCCUGGGAUAUUUAU